GAAAUGUCUCUGUGGAUAGUAGAAGUAUGGAGAAACUGCUAAACACUCCUCCAAUGAAGCUAUAAAUAACUACCGCCUCCUCUUCAAUCAACCAUCAAAAUCGAAAGCAAGCAAGCAAAAAAACGUAGAAAAUUCUCAAAAAAGUUCACUGAAAAUGUCUCUGAUCCCAAGAAUUUUCGGCGAUCGACGAAGCAGCAGCAUGUUCGAUCCAUUUUCAAUUGACGUAUUUGAUCCAUUCAGGGAAUUAGGCUUCCCAGGUACCAAUUCAGGGGAGAGCUCUGCAUUUGCCAACACACGAAUAGACUGGAAGGAAACUCCAGAAGCUCAUGUGUUCAAGGCUGAUCUUCCAGGGCUUAAGAAGGAGGAAGUCAAAGUGGAAGUCGAGGAGGAUAGGGUUCUUCAGAUCAGCGGAGAGAGGAACGUGGAGAAGGAAGAUAAGAAUGACAAGUGGCAUCGCGUGGAGCGAAGCAGCGGGAAAUUCAUGAGGAGAUUUAGACUUCCGGAGAAUGCAAAGAUGGAUCAAGUUAAGGCUUCAAUGGAGAACGGAGUGCUUACUGUUACUGUUCCAAAAGAAGAGGUGAAGAAGCCUGAGGUCAAGUCCAUUGAGAUUUCUGGUUAAAAAUACAUUUGUGAAUUAAGUUGAUGUGUAUGGUCAAAUAAAUAACUGAGUUGUUGUGUCUGUUGAAGGUUUGAAGUUGCUCUGUUUUUCUAUCGAAAGUCUUGAGUCGGCUUUGUUUCUCGCCUAAUGGCGUGUUGUACUUUUCCAAGUUUCACGUUUAAUAUGAAAAAUUUGUCUUUUUUUUA